AUGAAAGUCCUAUUGGCCUUUAUCGGUCUUUUGCCGCUGGCCAGCGCUCUUGGCAUUCGAUGCUAUCCUUAUGUGAGUGUUUUAUUACAAAAUAGUUAGAACUAAGUUGAUAAUACGAGUUAUAGUAUAAAUAUAACAUCCAGUUUUUUUUAAUGUGUAUUCUGUAAAAGCCUUCGUUAAUUACAAUCAAUGAAUUGACAACACAGAGAAGGAAAAAUUAGUUCCAAAAACUUCCCCGCAUGUUAAUAUACUCCUAUUUCAGAAUAACAAGACCGAUAGCAAGCAGGUUUUCCCGCUUGAAAAUCCUUUGAAAGUUGGCGACGUCAUCUACAUCAGCGCGUACGCCAGAGUCGCCGAAGUGGCCACACAGUUGAUUUUUUUUCUUUGUCCAUUGAAUUUUUAUCCCCCUCGAACAAAAAGUUUACAAGCUCGCAAUAUAUAGUCUGAGUGCCAUGACCUGAAAUUUCACCGAACGACAAUCCGCUAUUCCGGUGCGUGCGGUCGCGGAGCGUCUUGCCUUUUGGGAAUCUUAGACGUUUCAAUUUGUUAUCUGAUAGGUAGACUGUUCCAAUGUUUAAAAAAACUGUUUGAAAGUGUUUAUUGCAUCUUCAAUGUAAGAAUACAUGUGCAAUCGACUUUCAUUGAUUUAACUGUGUUUAAACGGCGGCAGGAGCUGUGGCUUAGGCAGAGAAGUUGUGAAUUUCGCUCGUAGAACAUCAGGGACAAGAGAGGUCCAAUGUUAACUGAAAUAAAAGAAAUAUUGAAACCGUGACCGAACUUCCCAAAAACAGACGUUUCCCGACCGUGCUCACCGGAACAGCGGAAUGUCGUUUAACUUCUAGUCCAGACACACAGACUUUAACGUUUUUUAGCAAAGCUGCAGUAUGAAAUAGGUAACCCGGAACGGUCAAAAUAUCAGAUCUUGUCCAAAAUGUUGAGAUUUUUCAAUACAGCCAAUGAAAUUUCAAACAGCUCCGUUGUAAAAAUGAAAUUUGUUUUCCAAUAUUGUGAAAUUCAGCUUCGUUCUCGACUUGUAUGAAGGAUCUCCGACCGCGCAGGAAAUGAAUAAAAAUAUUUCCCUUCGUAUCAUGGCCAACUUGGACACAUCCCAAGUGACUUUCAACACAAUUACGGUGAGAUUUAAAAGAAUGAAAAGAAAAACAAUUCCAAAGUAUAUGCGGCGUUUAGAAAAAAAAAAAUCAUAUAGUCAAUGUUUCCCGACUUGAAAGGCGUGGGAGGCGGGGCAAGGGGCGGGACGCGUAGCGUGUGCGUUCGCGGUUCUUGGCACCAGUUCAAUUCAAUCCCCGCCGACUAUUUAAAAAGCUCAGCAACCGCUCUUUUUUGUAUUGUCUACUAUUUUUUGAUGCACACAUGAACAUAAUCAAUAAAUAAUUAAAAAAAGAAGUGAAAAAGAGCGAUAAAUGAGCUCUCUGAAUGCUCGCUGGCGGUUGAAUUGAACUCGUGCCAAGAACCGCGAACGCACACGCUACGCGUCCCGCCCCUUGCCACGCCUCCCUCGCCUUUCAAGUCGGGAAACAUUGACUAUAGCUUAACCCGACCUUUUUUGAUACGACAUAAUACGUACCGGUAAUCAAUGAAGUUUUCUACAUUUUUAUAGUCCAUUCGCGCCUCUUUGACAUUUUUCAAGUGUCUGCGUCUCUCUGUUCCCUCGCCGGCGAGGUAAGAAAAACUUGAAAACAGCACGUGAACGUGAGAGGGUCGCUGAGAGACUAGGAGGGCGCAGAGAAAAAAACCUUUCCAUUUCGCGAAAAGCUGAAAAUGAACUUUUCACGGUUUUUAUCAAUCUGAUAUAAAAGCUGACCACACUGAGCCGAUUUUCCAAACACCUUAUAGAAUUAUUUUUAAAUUUUCAGCCCGAUUUCAAAUACCUUGAAGAGCCCAAAAAGUCUCCCAUCACCCGCAGUGCGCAGUUCAAGCUGAAGCUUUUGUAAACUCUCCAUACUGAUAAAUGGUAAUAUUGAAUUUAGGGUGCGCGAUAACGAUUACCAGAUUUUCAUCAACCUCAAAAAGGUUUUCUACACCUACAACUUCCGUCGGCCAUCUCUCAACAUUGUAAAAGCCAUUGGACUUCAAGGAAUCAAGUUUUCGGCCACAUUGCGAGUUUCAAGAUUAUGGUUGAAAGAGGAAAAAGUUGUUAUUCUCAGGAACUCAAGAGUGGCCCCUAAAGGAGUCGGGGAAAAGCAACCCCUGUGACGGACAAAUAAGCGAUCCCUAUAGAGUUCAGUGUCCGAAAGAUGAAGUGACUGUACUAAAAAGUCGUAUAGGGACCACUGUAGUCAUACUAAAAAGUCGUAUAGCGAGCACAGUCUUUCAUCGGGGAUACUAACAGAAGACCUUCGAAGAGUUCCUUUUGUCAGCUUUAGUGGCUUCUAUUGAGGGAGAUACAAUGGCUCUUAGAGAGGAAUAUGAAAGGACCCCUCAGGUUACUCCUAUAGGGACCACUCUGGAGUUCCUGAGUCAAAAAUAUGAUGAAGAAAAAGUUUCAGAGUUUGCCCGUCCCCGUAUGGAGUUAAAAGUGCGGGAGAGUCUCAGACCAUCGCGGUAGAUAAUGGAAACGUCUAUUACCUCUGUAAGUUGUUGAACUUCAGGACUGCAUUUGGAAUGGCUCGGCUGGCGGCGGCCGCUCAGAAGCUCUUUUAAAGUACACCCUACUUAAAACGGCUUGCACGCAUUGAUAUCAAGUAAAAGCAGCUUUUGAAUCGACCGCAACGCGAUCCAUUCCACAUGUGACUGUCAGCAAACAUUUCCUGAACUUGAAAAAAAUUUAUCUCCACGAGUUUUCGCAUACCGUUCACCAAUCAUAGUUUCAUACAUUUCCUUUUUUCAAUAUCACUUUUCUCUGUUAGAAGGUCAUUUUUCGAAUGAAAUCUUCAGAGUAUGGUUCUUUUAAUGUAAAAGAUGUCGCUGGACUCAAAAUGAUGAUUUGAAACCCACGAAAUAAAUUUUGAAUAAACGGCUCUAUUCGAAUACAAAAAAAAACUGUAAGGCCUAGAAGUUAGUGAGAUUCCAUUAAACAAAAAACAUACCAUUUAAAUUGAUAACACUCUCUGAUAAUCUUUUCUUUCAGAUGGUCCCACUCUCCAGGGUGCCAGCAGGGCCCCAUACACGAACACGGCGUAG